AUGGCGCGGGCGGAGUCGCCUCCUGGCGAUUCCCAUCUGGCGAGGCCGCGGCGCUCGCGUGCUGAGCGCACGGCGGCGAGGAGGAGGGCCCUGGCCUCCUGCGACAAAGGGCUGGCGGCUGCCUGCGCGCGGAUCCGCGAGCUCGAGGGGCAGCUGGACCAGGCCCGCCACGUUGCUCGCGACAGGAUGGAGGCGGAGGCGGCGGCCGCGUCGGCUGCUGCGGCGCUUCGCCCCUCGGACGAGCUCCGCGAUGCCCUCACGGGGCGGUUGGUGCAGCUUGGCCAAGCGCUGCUGCUCCACCAUCGCGCAGACGCGGCCCUCGGCAUGCAUCAUCAUCGGCUUGGGGACGCCCUGCGAGCCGUUGCCCAGUCGCUGGACCUCGGGCCCGAGUUCCUGAAGCUCGGCAUGUUGGUCAAGGGCGACGGCGACCGUGCUCGGCAUGAACCCCUUCUGCCGAGGCCGCUCGAUGUGCCGAAGGCGGCCGUGGACAUCCAGAUCGAGGUCUGCGUGGCCGAGCCUCCCUCGCGGAUCCUGCUGGCGCAGUGCGCGGGGCAGGCCGCGGCCGCCCAGCUCCGCAGGGGCGCGGCGCCUUUCUGGCCUCUGCGGCCCCCUGGCCGCUGGGCAGCAGGCGGAGGGGACGUGUGCGACCUUGCCUUCGCGGCGGAUGCGUGGCCCGGCCUCGUCUGCACUUGCGGGGCAGUGGUCUUCUCCUCGUGCGAUUUGUUGAGUGUGAGCGGGCCUCCUUGCCAGGAGGCGCCCGCAGAGAGCCCCCUGGCGAGCGGUACUGCUUGCGCUGCGACGCCGCUGCCGGGUCUGGAGCGCCAGGGGGCCCCCGCAAGCUGUCCGGCUGCCCUCCUCGGCAACGGGUUCACCGACAGCGUCAGCGACGGCGAGGGCAGCAACGGUGGCGACGUGCGAGACCUGGGAGCUGAUGCUGCCACGGCAUGCUCCCUCUCUCUCCCCGGCGCUGCCUCGGCGCCCAGCGCGGCCGUCUUGGACUUCCUGGACCGGUACGAUGGUGCCCUCCUGCGGGGGGGUGGAAGCGGUGGCUCCGCCGCGCCUGCUGCAGGCGUGGGCGAAGCGUACUCCCUCUUCCUCGACCCCGUCGACCUCGGCACCAUGGAAGCGGUGGCCUGGGGGCCUUACGCUGCGGUUGGCGCGCUGCUUGACCUAGCCGAGGCUCGGGCUGGGCUGCCGCCGCUCAGGCAGACCAUUUCCGUGGAUGAGUGA